AUGGCAAGAAAGAAGCUGGCUGAAGAGCAGGCUCUGGGUGUCCCGGUUAAGAAAAGGAAGUCCCUGCUCAUGAUGCUGCAGCACCACAGCCCAGACGUGGACUGCAGGGGGUUCGGGGACGGCAAGACCCAGGACGGCAGCCUCUCAGUGACAUGUGGUCAUGCUGAUGCAGAAAAAAUCAUAAUAAAACCUGCGGGUGAGAAUCUUCAUUCAACUGCACAAGAAAACUCUCCUUGGAAAGAACAGUACCCUUCUUAUCAAAAACUGGUAGUCAAAUCUCUAAUACACUUGGAGAAAUUUGGAAAAAAUCCAUCUGUUGAGGCCAUAAAUGGAAACCUGAAUAACAGAGGCAUCCAGUCUUUAUCAGCAGAGAGUGAUGAUGAUAGCUUUAUGUUUCCUUUUGAUGAUGAAAGCGACAAUGUGGAUGAUUCCCAGACCCCACUCUGCUCUUCCAGUGACAGCAGAAGUAACUCUGAAAGGGCAGAGAGUGGGUGGGGCAAUGGCCCCAACUGUCCAGAAGAUACCAGACCUCAUAGUACAAAGUACAUGUCAGUAGGUAAAAAAGAUCUAUUGGAAGUUCCUGAAAUGAACACCGAAGGUAACAGAUUUGUCCUUUGUGAGAAAAGAGGUGAUUCCAACCCAGAAUGGGGACAACCACAGAACACUGGUGUGGAACCCUUGGAUGGUACAGCAGAGCCUGCCUUCCCUGAGACCAAGGAGGACCACCAGGAGAACCUGGCCACAAUUGCAGAAGAGCCCAGUGAUUUGGAGAAAGCCCAGGGGAACCUGAGUUUGCUGGUGCAAGCCAUUGCUCUGCAGGCUGAGCGAGACUCUGUUUUCCACAGUACCAGCAAGGAGCUGGGCAGAUCUCAGCUGGUGCACCUAGUGGGGGAAAGACAGCACACCAGAGUUAUUGACAUGGGCAGAAGACAAGUCAUCUUUUACAACAAAUAUUCCCCAAGGCCUGAAAAAAGGAGGAGCCAGUGCCCCAUCCCUGGGUGUGAUGGCACAGGACAUAUCACUGGGCGUUUCCCCCACCACCAGAGUCUCUCAGGGUGCCCCCACAAAGUGUGGCUUCCCCAGGAAGUUCUUGCAACACGUGAAUAUGUGCUCAAGUGUCCCACCCCAGGAUGCACAGGAAGGGGUCAUGUGAAGAAUAAUCGAAACACUCACAGGAGCCUUUCUGGUUGUCCAAUUGCUGCAGCUAGAAAAUUGCCAAUGUCCCUAGAUAAAUAUCUGCUUGAUUCCUACCAAAUUGGACCAUGUCCUGACCAGGCGUACAGGACAAGCUUGGUGGAGCAAGCUGAUUUCAAAUUCCAAUCACUAUGCAUCACUUCUCCCAGAGCUACAAUAUUGAAAAAACAGAAGAAGUUUGGAAAAGUGCCAUUUGAUUAUGCUAGUUUUGAUGCCCAUGUCUUUGGUAAAUGUCCCCUUGAACAAACAGACCAAGGAAGAAAAACUCCACGAUUUCCUGAAUCAAAGCAUUUUUCAAAUCCAGUCACAUUUUUGAAUCGGCUGCCUAGAGCAGGCGCCCACACACAGAGCAGGAGACCUGCCAGCUCUUACAACCAAGGUCAGUGUAGUGACGACUCCCAGACAGAGGCAGCUGCUGCUGUCCUGAGCCUUUCCACUCACUGGAGGGAACACACAGCCAUCCUUCCCAACAGACCACAGAGUCUGCAUGUCAAGGAAGGCGAGCUAGAAGAGGAGGAAAGUGGGAUAUUGGACUUCAGUGAGGACAAAAGUGAAAUCCUGGACAAGGCUGCACCCACUUCUUCAGACAACACCAGCCUAACACCUUCCUCUUCUCUAUCCCAAACAAUCAACUGUCAAGCUCUGUCUGACCAAGAGGGCUGGGACACACCUACCAAGAACAGUGAAUCCCAUGGGAAGACAGAGGAGGAAAAAGAGAAAAAUCCAGUGAACUCUCGGGAAAAUUUAGUGGAAAAAAAACUUCUGGGAGAGGUUUCUAUACCAAACUCUAAACCUAAGCUCCAUGCAAGCAAUCUCAAGAAAAAAACAGUCAACUCUCCAGCACCAGGAAGUGAUGUGAAUGGCCAUGUCACAGGAAAUUCUGCAUCUUACUGCAGAAUGGUUCCUGACCAUGCCCGUCACAGGUAUCUGACCCCAGUCUGCGAUGGGUCCGGACAUGCAGUGAGAAACUAUGUGUCCCACUGGAGCUUGUAUGGCUAUCCUCAAGCAAGAAAAAGGGGCAUCAAAAUGCCCACUACCAAGGAAGAAAAAGAAGACUCUGAACUUAGAUGUCCUAUAAUGGGGUGUGAUGGCCAAGGUCACAUAUCAGGUAAACACGCAGCACACCAGAUGGCUUCUGGCUGUCCCCUGGGUGCCAAGAGGCAGAGGGAGAGUCCUCUCAAGGAGGCCCCUCUUUCCUGGAAACUGAGCAAGCAAGAGCUGUCCCCUUGGCCCUUCCCGGACUGCAAAGGACUGGGCCAUGAAAAUACUGAUUCUGUCACCCACAGAAGCUUCUCUGGAAAUCUGCUCAGUGCACAAGGUAUCAUAAAGGGCCAGGUCCCUAAAGAACUAAUGGCCGUCAAGCGCAAAGUCACUGGGGGUAUUGAAGAUGAUGAACACAUUAGGCAUUUGGAUGAAGGAUUGAAGGAACUCAGUGAACCUCACCUUAAAAGUGAAUCACAUAAGAUGAAACUUCAGACUCAGAUCACAUCUGUGGAGACCAGCUCCAAGGCGAUGGAGGAAGGGAACAAACUCACAGGAUGGAAUGAUGGAAGACUGAAGGAGCUAAAAGAUCUGAGUCACACUCUCACUUCAAGCUGUGGCAACAUCCAGCCUCCACUGAUGGGACCUGUCAGUGAGCAGAGCGUUGCGGCAUAUGUAAAUAAGCUUACAGACGUGUACAGCAAGCUGGAACAGGACAGUUCACAAUGCAAAGCUCUCCUGGAAAGUAUCAAAGCAGUGAAGGACAGGAUCACUGUGCUGCCAGGCACCAGAGAUCACCAGCAGCUGUAA